AUGCGUGCCGCCAUGAAGCAGCUCGGUUACGUAGACACGUACCACAUGAUGAGCUGCUCAAUCGAGAACCCCCCCGACGCGCUCAUGUGGAUGGACGCCCUGCGCGCCAAGUACGACGGCGUCGGCAAGCCCUUCACGCGCGAGGACUGGGACCAGCUCCUGGGCAACGCCCAGGCCGUGUGCGACUGGCCCGCCAUCGCCUUCGCCAAGGAGCUGAUCGAGGCCUACCCCGAGGCCAAGGUGGUCCUCACCAACCGUGACGUCGACUCGUGGCACGCCUCGACCAUGCGCACCGUCUACUGGCGCGUCACCGACCCCGAGCUCCGCUGGCUGUCCAACUUCGACUGGGCCGCCGGCAUGUACUACCCCAUGCUCCGCAAGUUCUUCGACACCUUCUUCCGCGGCGACUUCCCCAACCAGGGCAAGGACGUCUUCCUCAACCACUACGACGAGGUCCGCAGCCUCGUGCCCCGGGACCGCCUGCUCGAGUACCGCGUCCAGGACGGCUGGGAGCCCCUCUGCCGCUUCCUCGGCGAGCCCGUCCCCGCCGACUCCCCCUUCCCCAACGUGAACGACAACUCCGACUUCGUCUCGCGCUCCCGCCGCCGCAACCGCAACCAGAUGUACAACUGCGCCCUGAGGUACACCGUCAACGCCUCGGCCGCCGUCCUCGCCGCCAUGGCCGUCUGGCACGGCGCUCGUCACUUUGGCCUCGUCGACACCGACAGCUCCAUCGGCGCACUCCUCUUUGGCUCCAUCCUCUCCAAGGCCUGA